UGUCCAAACGCCUAUUAAAUGAAGCAUUACCCCUUUCUCUCUCUCUCUCUCUUUUUUGGUUUCCAAAAUCCUGCAAGGUACUAUGGCUCAUUCAGUUGGUACAAUUAGAAACAGCACAGCAUUUCCGCAUCCGAGUUGAUCCUAGGGUUUGAUAAAAAUUGCAAUUUUCAAUCAACAAUUUGCUUUCAUUAACAUCGAACAAUGGAGAAAGAAAGCGUCCCUUUAUCAACAACUAGCUUAGAACCACAACCCAAAAAACAAAAAAUGUCCACAACCACAACCUCCGACGACGACGAAGAAACCAAGGGUCCCACAGCGGCACGAAAACCGAGGUACAAGCGGCGCAAAAUAGCAAUAUUCUUCGCAUACUGCGGCGUAGGUUAUCAAGGUAUGCAAAAAAACCCAGGUGCUAAAACAAUCGAAGGUGAUUUAGAAGAAGCAUUAUAUCAAGCAGGUGGUGUGCCUGAUCAUGACAAGUGUCAACCUAGAAGAUACGAUUGGGCUCGUAGUGCCCGUACUGACAAAGGUGUUAGUGCUGUGGGUCAAGUUGUUUCGGGUCGGUUUUAUGUUGACCCGCCUGGUUUUAUUGAUAGGCUUAACUCGGUUCUUAAUCCCCAAAUCAGGAUUUUCGGGUUUAAACGGGUUACUAAUGCGUUUAAUGCUAAGAAGUUUUGUGAUAAACGUAGGUAUGUUUAUAUGAUUCCUGUUUUUGCUCUUGACCCGUUUAAACAUCGUGAUAGAGAGAGUGUUUUAGCUAGUUUAGGAUCGGGUAACGAGCUUGUUAAGUGUGGGGAUUGUUCAGAAAGGGGUAGAAAAGUAUCGGGAGUAAUGGGUAGACGCGUUUACGAUCCGGUAACUAAGUCAGUAAUUGUUGUUGAUGCACCACAAGUGAGUGAUGUUAAUGCAAAUGAUAUGGUAAUUGAAAAUGGGGCUUCUUUAAGUGAGAACGUGGAGGAAAAUGUGAAAAUAGUGCAAGAACCGAUGGAAGAGAGUGUGUUUUGCUAUGGGGAGAAAGAAAAAGAGAGAUUUAAUAGGAUUUUGAAGUACUAUGAAGGGACUCAUAAUUUUCAUAAUUUUACGACGAGGACUAAAGCUGAGGACCCUGCUGCCAAGAGAUAUAUCAUUUCGUUUACUGCGAAUACUGUAGUUAAUGUUGAUGGUAUGGACUUUGUGAAGUGUGAGGUGAUUGGUCAGAGCUUCAUGCUUCAUCAAAUCCGUAAAAUGAUUGGUCUUGCUGUAGCGAUCAUGAGAAAUGUUGCUCCUGAAUCCUUAAUUGUAACUGCCUUCCGAAGGGAUGUCAACAUCAAUGUUCCCAUGGCGCCCGAGGUUGGAUUGUAUUUGGACGAGUGCUUUUUCACCUCAUAUAACAGUAAGUGGAAGGACACUCAUGAAGAAGUGUCUCUGAAAGAUUAUUAUGAGGUGGCGGAAGAAUUUAAAAUGAAGUAUAUCUAUAGUCAUAUUGCAUCGACGGAGCAGAAGGAAGGGACAAUAGCUUUGUUUCUGCAUUCCCUGAACUAUCGUAAUUACCCUGAUUUGUGCGGGGAUAAUGUUAAUUCUGCGGUUGCUGGGGAUGGUGAUGGUUCAAAAGUUGUUGAAACUGUUGUUGAGGCUGCUUUAGGUGCUGUCAAUAAUGGUGAGAAGACCGAUAAUGUUAAUUCUGCUGGUGUUGGUUCAGAAGUUGUUGAAACUGCUAUUGAGGCUGGUUUAGGUGCAGUCAACAUUGGCGAGAGCUCCGAUAAUGUUAAUUCUGCUGGUGCUGGUGACGGUUCAGAAGUUAUUGAGGCUGGUUUAGAUGUUGUCAACAAUGGUGGGAGCACCGACGCGAAAACUGUCGAGGCAGGGGGUGAUGCUGAUUUAGUUAACUCAUAGGCUAUGCUCUAUCAAACGACAUCUCUUGGCACCAAUAUCAUUUAAACUUUUUCCGUGUUCUAUCAUUUAUUAUGUUGUUCUAUUCUUUCAAGGGAACUCCAUGUAGAGAAGACCGAGAAAGAUCUUGAUCCUAUUUCUAGGACAUGUCAAAUUCAGUCUUGAAACUUUGUUAAUUUGUUGAAGUGCUUUAAAUGUAAUGUUGAAAUGGACCCGAUGGUUUAGUUUUUGUUGAAGUGGACAAACUGUAAUUUGAUAAAUUACAUGCUUUUAUUUAACAUUGACAAUUUGACA